AUAACCCUAUCACAAGGGACCCUCCAUUCACAUGCUAUUGCUUCCUUCAUAUCAACCCUCAAGAUUUCAUUCCCAAAACAAAUCUUAACCGUCCAAAAUAUCCAGACCAAAUGGUUGGUGAAUAUGUCCCACUCUUGUCACCCCAAUAAGGAAACAUAUUACUUUAAAUCUGUUGAUGCUGCUACCGACAACUUAACUUGCCUUUGUCCAUAAUUUAUGCAUUAAAAUUUAAACAAUGUUAAUGUCAAAGUGAUUAUGAUUAUUCCUAUAAAACACAACCUUACAUUUCCAACUUUCACACAUUUGUUAUACACAUUUUCUCUUUUAACAUCUCAAAAGAAGAAAAAAAAAGAAUUGUAGCAUCAAAUUCUUUAAACUUUAAUCACUUAUAUAUUUUGUGAUUGAAUUAGAGGGUUCUUGCAUAAGGAAGAUGGAAUUCAAAGCAACUGAGCUUAGAUUGGGAUUACCAGGAACAGAGGAAAAGGAGAACAAAAUAAUGAAUCUUAGUGUUAAGAAUAACAAAAGACAAUUACCUCAAACUUCUGAAGAAUCUGUUUCAAUUUCUAAGGUUUCAAAUGAUCAACAAGUUGAGAGUUCUUCUGCUGCCCCUCCUUCCAAGGCAAAGAUAGUUGGGUGGCCACCAAUUAGAUCUUACAGGAAAAAUAGCUUGCAAGAGGCUGAAGUUGGUGGGAUCUUUGUGAAAGUUAGCAUGGAUGGAGCUCCUUACCUUAGAAAGAUUGACUUAAGGAUCUAUGGAGGGUACCCUGAACUACUCAAAGCUCUAGAAACCAUGUUCAAGUUAACCAUAGGUGAGUAUUCUGAAAGAGAGGGUUAUAAGGGAUCUGAAUAUGCACCAACAUAUGAAGACAAGGAUGGUGAUUGGAUGCUAGUUGGAGAUGUUCCAUGGGACAUGUUUGCUACUUCUUGCAAAAGGCUAAGAAUCAUGAAAGGAGCAGAAGCUAGAGGUUUGGGUUGUGGUGUAUGAGAAA